AAUCACAUUUACUUCUUCACAUCAGCGAACAGUUAAAUAUUGGGUUUCGUUUGGCUCACAAUAUAAAAAAUGGGUGUUCCGAAUGCCCGAGGCGAUAGUUACCGAAUGGCUACUGAAAAAAAGUCGAAGAAAAACCCGAAGAAGGAUGACUUAAACGAACUGAAACAGGAGCUGGACAUGGAUGAGCAUCGGAUAUCUCUCGAUGAGUUGUAUUCUCGACUAUCCACCGAUCCACAGAGUGGCUUGACUGCUGAACAGGCCAAGACUCGUUUGGAACGAGAUGGGCCAAAUGCACUUACACCUCCAAAGACAACGCCAGAGUGGGUGAAAUUCUGCAAAACAUUAUUUGGCGGCUUUUCAUUAUUGUUGUGGAUUGGUGCCGUUCUUUGUUUUAUUGCUUUCUCAAUUGAAAGUGGCACUCAUGAAGAUCCACCAAAAGAUAAUCUUUACCUUGGGAUUGUAUUAUCAGUUGUCGUAGUGGUCACCGGUUGUUUUUCAUACUACCAAGAGUCGAAGUCAUCACGUAUCAUGGAAUCGUUCAAAAAAAUGAUUCCCCAGACUGCUUUAGUUAUUCGUGGUGGAGUGAAAAUUGAAGCACCAGCUGAAGCUUUGGUAGUUGGUGAUUUAAUCGACGUCAAGUGUGGUGAUCGUGUACCAGCAGAUAUAAGAAUCAUUUCAGCUAGUUCGUUCAAAGUGGAUAAUUCUGCAUUGACUGGUGAAUCUGAGCCACAAUCACGUACAGCAGAAUAUACAAAUGAAAAUCCAUUGGAGACAAAGAACUUGGCGUUCUUCUCAACUAACGCUGUCGAUGGUACAUGUCGUGGUAUAGUUGUUAGUACUGGUGAUCGUACUGUUAUGGGUCGUAUAGCAAAUUUAGCUUCAGGUUUACAAAUUGGCCAAACACCAAUUAAUAAAGAAAUUAAUCAUUUUAUUCAUCUUAUUACAAGUGUCGCUGUAUUUCUUGGUAUCUCAUUUUUUGUUAUUGCAUUCAUUUUGGGCUAUCAUUGGCUUGAAGCUGUAAUCUUCCUAAUUGGUAUCAUUGUAGCCAAUGUUCCAGAAGGUCUUCUAGCUACUGUGACGGUAUGUUUAACAUUAACCGCUAAACGUAUGGCUAGUAAAAAUUGUUUAGUGAAAAAUUUAGAAGCUGUUGAAACACUUGGUUCAACAAGUACCAUUUGUUCAGAUAAAACUGGUACAUUAACACAAAAUCGUAUGACUAUAGCUCAUAUGUGGUUUGACAAUAAAAUAUUUGAUGCGGAUACUACAGAUGACCAAUCAGUUGCCACUUACGAUAAAAAUUCACCAACUUGGAUAGCAUUAGCUCGUAUUGGCAUGUUAUGCAAUCGUGCUGAAUUUAAAGCAGGUGAAGAAAACAAGCCAGUAUUAAAACGUGAAUGUAAUGGAGAUGCAUCGGAAUCAGCUUUGUUAAAAUGUGUUGAAUUAUCAUUUGGUGGUGUUACAGAUUAUCGUCGUAAAAAUCCAAAAGUUGCUGAGAUUCCAUUCAAUUCUACAAAUAAAUAUCAGUUAUCAAUCCAUGAAACCAAUGAUGGUGAUGAUCGUUACUUAUUAGUUAUGAAAGGUGCACCUGAACGUAUACUUGAUCGUUGUGGAACUAUUUUAAUUAAUGGUAAAGAAGAAGUUAUGGAUGAAUCAAUGCGUGAAAGUUUCAAUAGUGCUUAUUUAGAACUUGGUGGAAUGGGUGAAAGAGUUCUAGGAUUUUGUGAUUAUCGUCUACCAUCGGAUACUUAUAAGAAAGGUUAUGCUUUCAAUGUAGAUGAACCGAAUUUUCCUUUAACCAAUUUACGUUUUGUUGGUUUAAUGUCUAUGAUUGAUCCACCUCGUGCAGCAGUACCAGAUGCAGUUGCUAAAUGUCGUUCAGCUGGGAUUAAAGUAAUUAUGGUCACUGGUGAUCAUCCAAUCACAGCGAAAGCUAUUGCUAAAGGUGUGGGGAUAAUUUCAGAAAGUUCUAAAACUGUCGAAGAUAUUGCCGCUGAACGAGGUAUUCCAGUUCGUCAGGUCAAUCCACGUGAUGCACAAGCAUGUGUAAUACAUGGUUCUGAUUUACGUGAAAUGACUCCAGCACAAAUUGAUGAAAUUUUAUUAAAUCAUUCAGAAAUUGUAUUUGCACGUACUAGUCCACAACAAAAAUUAAUUAUAGUAGAAGGUUGUCAACGACAAGGUGCAAUUGUUGCUGUAACCGGUGAUGGUGUAAAUGAUAGUCCAGCCUUAAAACAAGCUGAUAUUGGUGUUGCAAUGGGUAUAGCCGGUAGUGAUGUGAGUAAACAAGCAGCUGAUAUGAUCUUAUUAGAUGAUAAUUUUGCUUCAAUUGUUACAGGAGUUGAAGAAGGUCGUAUUAUAUUUGAUAAUUUAAAAAAAUCCAUCGCUUAUACAUUAACAUCAAAUAUACCAGAGAUUACACCAUUUCUAGUGUAUAUUUUAGCUGAUAUCCCAUUACCGUUGGGUACAAUUACAAUUCUAUGCAUUGAUUUAGGUACUGAUAUGAUUCCAGCAAUUUCAUUGGCUUAUGAAGAGGCUGAAGCAGAUAUUAUGAAACGUAUGCCACGUGAUCCAUUACAUGAUAAAUUAGUGAAUGAACGUUUAAUUUCAAUGGCUUAUGGUCAAAUUGGAAUGAUACAAGCAUCAGGUGGUUUCUUUGUUUAUUUUGUUAUUAUGGCUGAAAAUGGUUUUUGGCCAUCACGUCUACUUGGUAUACGACGUGAAUGGGAUUCCAAAGCUAUUAACGAUUUAGCUGAUUCUUAUGGACAAGAAUGGACAUAUAAUCAACGUAAACGAUUAGAAUAUACAUGUCAUACAGCAUUUUUUGCAUCAAUUGUCAUAGUACAAUGGACUGAUUUAAUGAUUUGUAAAACACGUCGUAAUUCUAUAUUUCAACAAGGAAUGUGGAAUCAUCAUUUAACAUUUGGUUUAUUCUUUGAAACAACAUUAGCUAUUUUCUUAUCUUAUUGUCCUGGUUUAGACAAAGGUCUACGUAUGAUGCCAAUGAGAUUUACAUGGUGGCUUCCAGGUCUACCAUUCAGUUUUCUGAUAUUUGUCUAUGAUGAAGUGAGGAAAUUCCUACUUCGACGGUUACCGCCUGGGUCAUGGCUUGAAAAAGAAACAUAUUAUUAGUUGUAGUUAUAGUAAAUCCCCUACCCCUCUAUUAUAUAUGAGUAAAUAUAAAUAUUAUAUAUAUAUAUGCAUUCUUGUCAUCUCUCUCUCUGUGUACUGCACAUUUGUAGUUUCAAUUAAUUGAUUCUCUACUUCUCUCUAUCUCACUGUUUUCACACAUACACACAUGCACUCGCAUGAUAUCCUCUUGGAAAUAUUAGCAUCUUCUGUAUUGAAACUAUGGAAUCCUGAUAUAAAUUACUUGAUAUAUUACGCAGUUUUGUGUCUUACAUCACUCAUGUAUAUGUGUGUGUGUUUGUGCUUAUGCACUUGCUUGUGUACUUGUAUCUGUGCUGUUUUCUAGUGAAUCACUUGAUGAUGAUGAUGUUUGCCCAUAUUCUAUUUCAUUUUUUUCACUUCACAUUGUUCUCUUCUCUUUAUUUGAAUAAACAACAUUCAUUAUAUUACUUUGUUUCUAACUUUCUUUCUGAAAUACAUCAAUCAAUUUGUCAAUGAGAAAACCAUCUUCUUCCUUGUAUUCUUCUUCUUAUCAUUACCAUUUCAUUGAUCAUUAUUGUCGAGAUCGUCGUUACUCUAAGUUUUGCAAAGUAGAAUUUAAACACGCACAUAUUACAUAAUCAGUAAUAUGAUUAUUAGCGAGAAAUGCGCCUUAUCUUACAGUGAUUUCAUUUAUUCGUUGUUUUUUUUUCUCGGGGGGAAUUCUUCAUAAUAUUGUUGUAUUUUGACAGUCAUCAUCAAUAUUGUCAUUACUGCUAUUUGGACACUACUUACUACUAGCUAAUUAGUGAUAAUCAGUAGUGUAAUAGGUGUGUAUUAUGAUGUAGUAUUUUAGUAGUAAUGACAAUUAUCAUAAUUAGAUACAUUUAUUAUUGUGUUAUUUUGUUUGUUUAUUAGUUCUGAAUGAAAACUGAAGUGAAAAGUUGUUCUUGCCUAAUCGUCGCCAUACACACACUCACAUAUGUCACUUGCCCUCUCUCUAUCACUCACUCAUUCUUUUUUCUUCUCUCGAUUUUGUUCCAUGGAAAAUUGUUUCCCAAACCCCUCCUUCUUUAUUGUUUGUUUGUUUUUCUUUGUAUCGAUCAAGUUGAUUUUGUACAUUUCACAUUGAUUUGUUUGUUUGUUUUUUCUAUGAAUAAUUAUGAUUCUGUAGAAAAUGAUGUGUGUUUUUUUUUUGAAAGCGUGUGAAUUAGAUUGAGAAAAAAGGGAGAAAAAAACUAUAGAAAAAAAGGGAAGUAAAUUGUUGUUAAUUAUCAUUUGUCAUUGUUAAUUGAACAAUUAUGAAAGAUUGUGGUUCAUUUUUUUGUUUGUUUUUCUUCUAUUCCAUUCAUCUCUUUCAAUUUGUUCGCCGGUUGUUUUUCUCUUUUUGUUGGCAUGAAUUACUCUCUUCUCCUACUUGUUCGUGUGUAAGUGUGUGUUUGUGUCUGUGUAUGCAUGUUUAGAUUUAUGGUCUGUUGGGAUUUUUUUUUGUGUGGUAAUCUGAUGCUCAUAGACUGUAGUGUGUUUUUGUUUUAAUUGGGAUAAUAGAUGCCAUGUUGUUUGUUUGUGAACACGUCCUCUCUCUCUCUCUCGUUCACUCACUCACACACACACACUUGUGUUUAUUGUGUAUUCAGUUCAUUCAUAGAAUCCAUCCAAUAUAUAAAUUAUUAUCAUUUAUGAUGAAUAGAGUAUAUUAAUGAUUAUUACAAUUAAAAUAGUGAUAUAUAUAUAUGAUCUUUUAUACUAUUAAAGAGGAUCAUAUUAACGUCAUAAAUAGAAGUCAUCAAUUAUUCAUUUAUUAGUAGAUAAUUCUAUGAACUUGUUGUUACUAAUGUCCUUUGUUAUUUUGUAUUGUUCCCUUUUCUCUCUCUCUCCACUUCUGUUUCUCUUUUUCAAUGAUUACAUAAUAGACUAUUCAAUUUGGUCUUGACUAACCAACAUACUCUAAUUCCAUAUUGAUAUCUUUUUUUUUAAAUUGAAAUAAAUUAAAUAGUUAGUGUUCAUGGUAAAAACUUGUCUAAUUUGUGAUUUAUCCCAUCUUAUUUAGUCUAUUUUCUAUGUUCUUAUGCUUUAAAAACAAGAAUCAUAAACUAAGAUAGAUUCAUUCUUUUUAUGGUAAGAUACCCUUAUAAAACUAGAUCUUUAUAGUGUGUGUAUGUGUCUGCGUGAUUUAGAUAUUUUGUCCUUUCUUCUUUACUUUCUUUCACAUAUGAAGAAAUUUGUGGAAUUUUUUCUUUCUUUCUUUUACAUUUCCGUGAUAAAUUUCAAUAUUACAUAUAUAGUGUAUUUGUUAAGUAACUCAGACAAAUAAAAAUUAUUUCCCGCCUUUUUUUUUCUUUUAAAGAAUUAGAUCAAUAGUUUAUGAACACUGCUCUGAUUGAUUGAUUAAUCGUUUUUUUGUCUAUUUCCACUUGUUGCUGUUGUUGUUGUUAAUAGAUAUUGAUAUUAUUGUUACUGAUAGUUUGUUCCUUGUUUUAUCUAUUCCCCCCUCCCCCCCUAUAUUCAAUUCAUCUAAUUUGAAAUGACGUAAUCUUUUUUUAUAUAGAAGUACUAAUAAUAAUAUUAAUUGUUAGCCAUAAUAGUAACAUAUAUGUAUAUGUGUGUACUUGUGUGUAACGGAGGCUAACAUACACACAUAUAUACAUAUAUAUACACGAGACGAGAAAUUACUGAUCGUCUUCUUUGCUGCACCCGUAAUCAUCCAUCAAUUUUGUUUUCUCUUUCUUUUUUUAUAAAAAAAAAGAAGCAAUUUAUCAUUCUCUCUCACUCACUCACUUACUAACUCUGUUCUCAUUUCUCAUUACACAUGAUAUUUGUUUCUUCUUGAUUUAUCCAAUUGAGUUUAUUUGUAGGAGUCUCAAUAAAUUGAAUAUAC